AUGCUCAAGAGACUCGUACUGCUCGUCGCUGCUUUGUCGUCGGCUCUGGCUCUGCCCGCAGAUAAUGCACCACGAGCCGAGUUGGUCGUGCCGCGCUCGCCCGACAGCGUAGCGACCAUCGCAACAACGAGCCACGACGAGCGUUCUGUGCUCGAUGAUCCUCACGGCAUCGUCUAUCAUGCUGACUUUCAAGGCUUCGAUACGUUCGGCAGCAAAAUCAUCGAAAUCAAAUUCGAUAUCACCAUCGAUCUAAAGACUGGAGGCACUAUCUUUUCGAACUACGCCUGGCCCGUGAAAUACAGACUGGGCACAACAGACACCGUCAAGAGUGAUCCCACUGGACGCACCCUUGUAGCAUGCUGGUUCCUCACCAUAGUUAAUCUUCUUGAUGCCAAUGUUGCCUUCUGUUUCGCUUACAAGAGAGGCGAGAAAAACAUCUACGCCUACCGAUAUGGGGAUAUGAACUGGCAUGACAGUGAGGCCCAUGUCAUCGAAGUCGAGACAGCUACGAUGACGCUCAAUGGUGUCGCUUACGAUAACGAUCCGACCCUCUAA